GGAGCGGCGGAGGAUGGCAGUGCUCAAGCUCGCCGACCAGCCACCACUGGUCCAAGCGAUUUUCAGUGGUGAUCCAGAAGAGAUACGGAUGUUGAUCUACAAAACUGAGGAUGUCAACGCCUUGGAUGCCGAGAAACGAACUCCUCUUCACGUUGCAUCAUUCCUGGGAGAUGCAGACAUCAUUGAGCUUCUCAUUUUGUCAGGUGCUCGUGUUAAUGCCAAGGACAAUAUGUGGCUGACUCCUCUCCAUCGAGCAGUUGCUUCAAGAAGUGAAGAAGCAGUGCAAGUAUUGAUUAAGCACUCAGCCGAUGUCAAUGCUCGGGACAAGAACUGGCAGACACCAUUGCACGUGGCGGCUGCAAACAAGGCAGUGAAAUGUGCGGAAGUCAUCAUCCCCAUGCUGAGCAGCGUCAAUGUCUCUGACCGAGGGGGGCGGACGGCAUUGCACCAUGCAGCUCUGAAUGGCCACAUUGAGAUGGUGAACUUGCUCUUAGCCAAGGGGGCAAACAUCAAUGCUUUUGACAAAAAGGACAGAAGAGCUCUUCACUGGGCAGCGUACAUGGGUCACCUGGAAGUUGUUGCCUUACUGAUUAAUCAUGGUGCAGAAGUGACUUGUAAAGACAAGAAGGGUUACACCCCACUUCAUGCAGCUGCAUCCAAUGGGCAGAUUAACAUUGUGAAACACCUCCUUAACCUGGGGGUAGAGAUUGAUGAAAUGAACAUCUAUGGAAAUACUGCACUUCACAUUGCCUGUUACAAUGGUCAGGAUUCUGUUGUUAAUGAGCUGAUUGACUAUGGUGCUAAUGUAAAUCAGCCUAAUAAUAAUGGAUUCACUCCCUUGCAUUUUGCUGCUGCCUCCACUCAUGGAGCACUGUGUCUUGAACUACUAGUGAAUAACGGGGCAGAUGUUAACAUUCAGAGUAAGGAUGGGAAGAGCCCGCUGCACAUGACAGCUGUCCACGGGAGGUUCACGCGGUCGCAGACCCUCAUUCAGAACGGAGGGGAAAUCGACUGUGUUGAUAAGGAUGGUAACACCCCUCUGCACGUGGCUGCAAGAUAUGGACAUGAGCUUUUGAUUAACACCCUCAUAACCAGCGGAGCUGAUACUGCCAAGUGUGGGAUCCACAACAUGUUCCCUUUACACUUAGCAGCGCUGAAUGCUCACUCAGACUGCUGCAGGAAAUUGUUGUCAUCAGGACAAAAGUAUAGCAUAGUGUCCUUGUUUAGUAAUGAGCACGUGCUGUCUGCAGGCUUUGAAAUAGACACCCCUGAUAGUUUUGGAAGAACGUGCCUCCACGCUGCCGCUGCAGGAGGUAAUGUUGAAUGUAUAAAACUCUUGCAAAGCAGUGGAGCAGAUUUUAAUAAGAAGGACAAAUGUGGGAGGACACCUUUGCACUAUGCAGCUGCAAAUUGUCAUUUCCACUGUAUUGAGACACUGGUGACAACAGGAGCCAAUAUUAAUGAAACAGAUGACUGGGGACGCACCCCUUUGCACUAUGCUGCUGCUUCUGACAUGGACCGAAAAAGAAAGAAUAUUUUAGGUAACUCCCAUGAAAAUGCCGAAGAACUUGAAAGAGCCAGUGAGAUGAAGGAAAAAGAAGCUGCAUUGUGUCUAGAGUUCCUUCUACAAAAUGAUGCCAAUCCGUCCAUCCAAGACAAAGAGGGGUACAACACUGUGCAUUACGCUGCUGCAUAUGGGCACCGGCAGUGUUUGGAACUGCUUCUGGAAAAAACCAACAAUAUGUUUGAGGAACCUGAUUCUGCAGCUACGAAAAGUCCUUUGCAUUUAGCUGCCUAUAAUGGUCAUCAUCAAGCCUUGGAGGUACUUCUCCAAUCUCUGGUAGAUCUGGAUAUUAAGGACGAGAAGGGACGCACUGCUUUGGACCUGGCUGCGUUUAAAGGACAUGCAGAGUGCGUGGAAGCUCUCAUCAGCCAGGGUGCUUCUGUCACUGUAAAAGACAAUGUCACCAAAAGGACCCCCCUCCACGCUUCAGUCAUUAAUGGCCAUACACCUUGUUUACGGUUGUUGCUAGAAGUUGCAGACAACCCUGACGUGACAGACGCCAAAGGACAAACCCCACUAAUGCUUGCAGUGGCAUAUGGGCACAUUGAUGCUGUUUCUUUGUUACUUGAAAAAGAAGCAUCUGUAGAUGCAGCUGAUCUCCUGGGAUGCACAGCUUUACAUCGAGGGAUUAUGACUGGGCAUGAAGAGUGUGUUCAGAUGCUGUUAGAGAAAGAAGUAUCUAUUUUAUGUAAAGACGCCAGAGGCAGAACACCUCUGCACUUUGCAGCAGCUCGGGGUCACGCCACCUGGCUGAGUGAAUUACUGCAGAUAGCACUUUCAGAGGAGGACUGCAGUUUGAAAGAUAAUCAAGGUUAUACACCGCUGCACUGGGCUUGUUAUAACGGUCAUGAAAACUGCAUAGAGGUACUAUUGGAACAAAAAUUUUUCCGCACAUUCUAUGGUAAUAGCUUCUCUCCAUUGCACUGUGCCGUAAUCAAUGAUCACGAAAACUGUGCAUCACUGCUCAUCGGAGCCAUCGAUGCCAGCAUUGUCAAUUGUAAAGAUGACAAAGGAAGAACACCCCUUCACGCAGCAGCCUUCGCGGAUCACGUGGAGUGCCUCCAGCUUCUCCUGAGUCACAGCGCACAAGUGAAUGCUGCGGAUCACGCAGGGAAAACACCUCUCAUGAUGGCAGCUCAAAACGGUCACGUAGGUGCUGUAGACUUUUUGGUGAACAUUGCCAAGGCUGACCUGACAUUAAAAGAUAAGGAGUUGAAUACAUCUUUGCACUUGGCUAGCAGUAAAGGUCAUGAAAAAUGUGCCUUGUUAAUACUUGACAAGAUACAAGAACAGAGCCUUAUUAAUGCAAAAAAUAAUGCAUUGCAGACACCUCUCCAUAUUGCUGCACGGAACGGCUUAAAGAUGGUGGUUGAAGAAUUGCUAGCCAAAGGGGCAUGUGUCCUAGCAGUAGAUGAAAAUGUUUCUAGGUCAAAUGGACCCCGACCCUCGUCUGCAACAGAUGUACAAAAGGAAGAAUGAGACUCUGUAAACAAAAACAAAAAAUAAACAAAAAGCUAUCAUGAACUAACCAGCUGUACCAAGAGGACCAAAAUGCUUCAGUAAUUAAAUGGAAGACUUUGCUACUUUUAUUUUUUCUUCAAAUGUGAGUGACAUAAUGAAGUAGUUUUUCUAAACCAUAAAAAUACAAACUUUUGAGGUAAUGAGUAGUCUUGAGUGAAUUUUACAUUUUAUGAUGCAGGUUUCAAGUUGACAUUUGUAACUGAUGACGUGUUGACCACAGGUUUUUUUUUUUUCCAGACUAAAGAGUAUGUUCAUAUACUUUUAAUGUAAAUGUGUUUAUAUUUAUUUGAAAUGAAACAAAUGCCCAGGAAAAAUAACUAUGGCUUGUUCUCCUAGUUAGCAUUUGUGCAUACUAUUUGGCAUGAUGCGAAAUGAAAUGUGAAUCUAGGCAAGACUGAUGGCCUGAGUAGAAAAAGGAAGGGCUGAUGCACUUUGGGAGAGUGCCCAUCUUGUAUGGAAUGCAAAGAUUAAGUCCACAGGCUAUACUGGUAAAAAGCAGAAAGCAAAACACCUUCCCUCAUUUAAGAGCAUAAGAAAGGGAUCCAACCCCUUGCUAGACAAGUGAGAGAACACUGUACAGCUACAGUAAAGAGGGGAAAAGGUAGUAUAGCAUGGAGUGAAGGUGUUAAAGUUCCUGUGAUUCACGCUCAGGCUGUCUGCAGGCCUACAUCUGUGCUGGGAGGAUGAGACGAGCUUCCUCAGUGCACGCUUUCGGCAGGGUAAAUGAAAAGUAAGGAUUUUUAUUUUAGUUGCAGUUUUUAGCUGUGUUCCACUCAAUUGUUAAAAAUCUAUUGGCAGAUUCCAGUUCUUUAAUUAGGAAAAAUAUUUAUAUAUUAAGUUUAUUUUGCCUUGCUAAAAUUAAAUCAUUUCCUUGAACAUUAGGUAAAAUUAAAUAUUGUUUCCUUGAACGUUUACAAAUUUCCAAAGUUUACAACAGAAAAUCACAAGGGAUAGUGUCUCUAAAGGUGAACAUUUCUUUUCCCUCAACUCUAUAUUUUCUGCAGUAGAAUGACAGAGCACCUGAAACCCUGGUUUUCUCCUCAAAAAUAGCACAGAAUAACAUUUUUAUGAUUGAUUUUUCUCAACGUUUUUGCUUUUAAAAGUUGCAGAAUAGCAAUAACCACCUUACUUUAAGCACUGAAAAUAAGAGGAGAGAUCAGUUGUUAAAGUUUUCAGUGGUGUCUGUUCAGAAGUGAAUAGAAAUCCCAAAUUUUGCUUUUUUUAUGUGGAAUGAUGACAUUGAAAACAAAUAAACAAAUGGGAAAUGGCUGUCACCUGUCUAACAGCAGGAUCAGCCUUUUAAUCUUAUUUUAACCAGAGACGUAGGUAGGCUCCUUGGCAGGACUAGUUAUGUGUCUCACCCUGAAAUACAGAAAGUUACACUAUCCUACAUGAAGUUGCUUCAUUAGGAGAAAACGAGUCCUCUUUACAAAGAGGAUGUUGUAUUAUUUUAAGCAGUCAUUUAAAAAAUUUCAGUAUUUUUACUUGCUACCAUACAGAGUUACUGAAAAUAUUUCUGUACAUUUGCAAUACCUUGUAACUCUGGUAAUUGCGUAGUGCAACAACUGCUGCCUCUUAAUGAUGUAUACAACAUUAUAGAAGCAUCGGUGAUUACUGAAUUACUUUGAUCCUUCUAGGAACCAAAUCUAAACUUUACUGAUUAAACUUGUCUGUAAACUAACAAUGAUGUAAGUAUGCAAUAUUCCAAAAAUUGUAGAAACAUAUGAUUUGUUAGCAUCUUAAGGGCAUUGCAAAAGUCAUGUUUUGAGUAUGCUGUACUUAGGAGGAGAACUGUCAUGAGCAAGACACAUGGAAGUACUCAGUAUUGGCCUGUCCCACAUCUCACGUGAGUUACCAGAAUCCCUUUUUUUGUAUGCUAGUACAUUAAUUUGUAAUAUAAUUUAUCACAUGUAGAAAUAAAUUUGUAAUUUAGGGCAGGUAUUUAAGCAUGGGAAUAACUUUACUCAUGUAAAUAAUCACCUUGCCUUUCUGUGGACUUUUUACAAGAGUAGAGUUAAUCAUACAUAAUUGUUGCACUUAACCCUGGACCCUGCAAUUUACAGUACGUGGACGACUUCUGCGUCUGCACCAAGCAAAGGGUGUUUGGGGAGAGGCAGCUGUCUGCCCAGGUGUAUUAGCAGGAUCAUUUCAUCCUGUAUUUUAACCACAGCUGCAGGUGGAAUCCACAGCAGGAUGGGGUCCCAAGUCUCUCUCCUAAAUACUGAGUUACAACCUCCAGACUGCCUGAAAUUGCUGUGAAAUAGCUCAGGGGAUUUCUGUUCAUCGCUACUAAAAGGGCACCAUAAUGUGUUUGGUACUUUUAUGCAGUAAACAACUGCCAGAUUAUUGAAUUAGAACAAACACAUGAAAUGAAUUGUUUAUCCAUUGUACUGUUGCGAAACUUGGUUAUGUAUCUUGAGGAUGAUUAAAAAAAUUGUGAUUUUUAUUCUUAGUCAUGUAAGAAAUAUUAGAGUGCCUUUUUAUAUUUGUGUAUUAUGGAAACGUUUUGUGAAACUCGUCUCUUUUUUUUCAUUUGAGUGUUAUAAAAGCAAUAUAUUACCAGUAAAUUUUCAUUUCAGACCUUCUUUGAAUGUAUAAAGUGUUUCUUCUUUUCAUAUGUUCUACCUGCAUUGAAAUGAAAAUUAAUAUGCUAAAUUUCUAUAGGAAUACUGUAUAAUUUUUGCAGUGCUGAAAAUGCUUUCUUAUUACACAAAAAGUAAACCUUAGAUCAGUGUUAUAGGAAAGGGCGUUUUAAACUAGUGACAAUCUGAGUGUGUGUAUAAAAUGUAAUUUUAUGCGUUUCUUAUGCAGUGAUCUACAUAUUAAAGCCAAUAUCUUACGUUUUGUAGGUUUUUGUCUUAUAUUUUAUGCUUUAGCAUGUGCAAUAUAUCUUUACAAACCAUGGUGAUACGAAUCUGGUGCCAGUGUUAUAUUUUGCAUAACAUUUGUAAUAAACAAUAUAAAAUAUUGUUUGAUGGUUUCAGUGGGGUUUUGUCGAUAUUGUUUGCUUUUGUAAAUUGAAGUUUAAGGACUUGGGUAAAUGUCACAUACGAAACGAGGAAAAAGACUUACUUCAGUGAAUGACUUGGAAUUCAACCUGAAUCUUCUCAAGCACAGUUUAGAAACUUUUUCAACUACUGAAUGCUGUAUUAAUGUAAUGAAGAACCCUAACUGUAAACUACUAUUGCAAUGCAUUCAGAUGGUUAUUUUUACAAAUAAAAAUGGUACAAAUACUGUU